AGCAGCAGAAGCAGAAGCUUGGGCCGGUCAUUUGUCGCCCACGUUUAGCUACCGUAUAGCAUCUCAUCCUCCCAGCAUCGACUUCGCGGCGGCACUCGUCGCGCCAAUCUGUUCCUCGCCAUCAUGCGCCGCUGACGCCAUGCCGCCAUCCCGCCCAAUGCGCAGACGGUUCGGCGCCCGGCCAGUGGUUGCCGCCGCGCUGCUCGUCGCGACAAUAGCUGCCCUCGCGCUGUUCCAGUCGGCGCGAGGCACCAUCCUCGGCGCUCGCGAUGGACACGGUCGGCCCGUCCUUGGCGCCCGAGACAUGACCUACUACUAUCCAGCCGACGCCGACUGCCGCAACGUGCACAACGCCGCGGACCAGUGUGCUUUCGCCCUGGCCAACUGCGAGGACGACGAGGCCGGGUUGAUCCACUACAUCUCCUUCUACUACUGCACUCUGGGCGGGGCCAAGCCCGUCGCCUUCGCCAUCCUCGCCCUCUGGCUCGCCCUGCUCUUCACCACCAUCGGCAUCGCCGCCAGCGACUUCUUCAGCGUCAACCUGAGCACCAUCGCCAGCGUGCUGGGCCUGAGCGAGAGCCUGGCCGGCGUCACCUUCCUCGCCUUCGGCAAUGGCUCCCCGGACGUCUUCAGCACCUUCGCCGCCAUGGCCUCCAACAGCGGGAGCAUGGCCGUGGGCGAGCUGAUCGGCGCUGCCGGCUUCAUCACCGCUGUCGUGGCCGGCUCAAUGGCCUUGGUGCGCGAAUUCAAAGUCAACAGACGACCCUUCGUCAGGGACAUUGUCUUCUUCAUUGUCGCCGUCAGCUUUACCGUCGUCUUCCUUGCCGAUGGCGAGCUCCACCUGUGGGAGUGCUUCACCAUGAUCGGCUUCUACCUAUUCUAUGUCGCCGUCGUCGUCGGGUGGCACUGGUUCACGUCCCGGAGGAGACGCCAGCGCAUGAGGGAUGCGGCUGCGCGCGCCCACCUCUACAGUCCCUCGGCCCGCGGCAGUGACGAGCUGGAGCCUUACCGGGACGAACCGGACGAGGACGAGGCCGCCCCUGUUGGCCGCCGCUCGGGCAAUGUUUCCGAGCCAGCCGACAUCGGUAUGCUCGAACGGGCGCCUCGCAUCGAGGUUGACGCGGUGUCGCCCCCCGGGGAGGACGAAGAACGGCGGGAGAUGCACGUUGCCGCCGAGAUGGCGAGCAGCAUGCGCGUCAACCGCCCACGUUGGGGGCGGAGCAACACCACCAUCACACCCAUCAGACCCAGCCUGCUGGGCGUGCUCGAGUUCAGAUCCGUCCUGUCGUCGCUGCAAAAGGAGAGGAACAUGCACCUUGCGCUGCUUCCCGCAAGGUCGCACUCUCACCAACCAGCUGCUGCUGACCUCCCGGAUUCCCGAGGCCGCCCGCGGAACAAGACACUGCCAGCGCAGGCCCCUCCCAGAAUGGAGCGCGCCUUGUCGUAUGGGAAUGAGCCUCUGAAUCUGGAUAAUUCCGGACUCGUUCGUCCCGGUUCUUCUACUGUGCCGCAUACGCGGUCGAACUCGGCCUCCCGUACCGCCGAUGGCUUGCUCGCCCCGCCGGUGGUCCCGGCCGUUCCAGCGGGCCAAGACAUCUCGUCGCCGCCAAAGCAACCCCAGCAACUGCUCAACAUCAGAAUUCCGUCUCCCAGUGGCCGCUCGAGCGGGCAGUCAUCUCCCUCUACUUCGCCCUUCCCGCGUCUGUCGGAAUCGCCCGCUGCGCUGACUCCUGUUCACCAGGAGUUGAGCGCGUUUUCCUUCCCGGCCCCGAUGGAUCCGGGACGACAACGUUUUCCGGGCCUGGAGGACCAGGAAGAGCAGCCGAAGCCGGUUAGAUGGUGGCCUUAUAGCCUGUUGCCGGCGCCCCAUGUCUUUCUCGCCACCAUCUUCCCCACCAUUCAGGGCUGGAAACAGAAGACGCUGUGGGAUAAGAUGGUCAGCCUGGCCUCGGUUCCGAGCGUCUUCCUCCUCGUCACAACGUUGCCGGUAGUAGAAACCGAGAGCCCGGACGACGACGACGACGACGACGAUGACGAUGACGGCGGCGACCCCGAAGACGACAUAGGGGAUCCGCCAGCACCUGGCCAUCCCGGCAACAUAGCACCAGCGCUCGUGGUACAAGACGGCGCAGCCGAGAUUCGUCCCGAGACAGAGUGGCAGGCAUACCGACGGCGCGCCCGCGCCGCCUCGUUAAAAUCGCCUUUCAGCCUAUCCCCGUCCUCCCUCUCGCUCGAUAAUCAUCCCCAACCCGCCGCCGCCCUGACCGUGCCCGCCCCUGGCUCCGCCCCGCAUCCUGCCCCCAUACCUCCUCCCAUGCCUGCAGCCUCCGCAACCUUCCCACCGACAAGCUCGGACAAGCCGGCCAGCGGCGGGUGGAACCGCUGGCUGGUCGCCGUGCAGCUCUUCACCGGCCCCCUCUUCGUCGUGCUCGUAGUGUGGGCUAACACGGCCGACGACAUGGUGGAGCCGCGGCGGGCGCUGGUGCGCAUGGUGCUCUACUCCCUCCUCGUCUCCCUCUGCCUGCUGGCCGGGCUCCUGGCGACCACGACCGCGUCCCAGAAACCCAGAUACCACUUCCUGCUCUGCUUCCUGGGCUUCAUCAUCUCCGUCGCCUGGAUCUCCACCAUCGCGGGCGAGGUCGUCGGCGUGCUCAAGGCGUUCGGCGUCAUCCUUGAUAUCUCAGAGGCCAUCCUGGGGCUGACCGUGUUCGCCGUGGGCAACUCGCUCGGCGACCUCGUCGCAGACGUCACGGUGGCCCGACUCGGGUACCCCGUCAUGGCCCUGGCCGCCUGCUUCGGCGGGCCUAUGCUGAACAUCCUGCUGGGCGUCGGCAUCGGCGGCGCGUGGAUGGGCAUCGCCAAGGCCAAGCGCAAGCAGCGCAAGCACCCCGGCACCGAGUUGCGCUACAAGCCGUAUCGGAUCCAGGUCGGCGGGACCCUGAUGAUCUCGGCCAUCACGCUGCUGUUGACACUGCUGGUGCUGCUGAUCGCCGUGCCGUCCAACCGCUGGAUCAUGAGCCGCCGCAUCGGCUGGGGGCUGAUCGGGAUCUGGACCGUUGGGACCGUGGUCAACCUGGUGGUGGAGAUGACGGGCACGCUGGCGGAUGUCUCGGGAGGCUUGACAUCAUGAGCGGGAGAGACAGGGAGACUACGCCUUGAAGCUACUGCGUGGAGAAGGGCUGGGAGAGGGGUGGGUUGUAGGGGAAGCUAAUCAGGCCGCCUUAUAAACAGGAGUAUCUACGCUUUGGACGAGACCAUAUUGACAGAGAAAUCCUCUUCGCCUCCUCACCUCGCUCAAUCAUCUGAGCGACGGGUGCGGCGCCUGG